AACUGCGGUCUCAACACCACAACGGAAGCCGACAUGCAAUUGGCUAUGGGACUCUUCGCCGCCGGUUGCGCAAACUUCGGUCUUAUCAUCAGGAUGAAUAAAACGGCGGUCAUGCCUCAUCCGCUGUCCGGUGCUGAUUACAAUAUUCGACGUAUCAAUAUCAACGCAGCAGAGCUCAAAAACAUGGACAACUUUGCUUAUCUUGGCAGAACGCUAUCGCAAAACACCCGAAUCGACAAUGAGAUGUCCACGAAACUGAAAAUUUACAAGGCAGGGAUAGACGAACAACGACCACACAAGCGACUGUCCUGCAAUAAUGUUGCUGGGGAUGCUCGCCGAAAAGGACGACAAAAGAGGCGCUACAAGAAUACUCUGGAGAAAGCCCUGAAGUGUCUUCAAAACAACACAUCUGCCUGGGAAGAACUCGCGCAGGACUGA